CUGGAAGUUCUUGAUUUGUCCUGGAACAGCGGCGUUGGGGGCGGUGGUCUACAAGGCCUGCUGGGGAACCUUCACCCAUCACUGAGGGAGCUCCACCUGGUGGCCUGUCGGCUCACUGCGGCCGAUGCUACAGUGCUGGGAGGAAUGGUGGCUGCUCUGCCCAGACUGAGUGCUGGACGUCUCUUGUAAUGCUCAGCUCACACAGGAAGUGGACACUGGUGGCUUCAGGGAAUUGGUCAGCUCUCUCUCUCACGCCACCUCCCUCACCACGCUUCGACUGCAGGCCUGCGGUCUAACGCCUGACAGCCUUGAUGCUCUCGGUGGUUCACUCCGUUGCCUCCCCUCUGUGGGAGAGCUGGACCUGUCCUGUAACAAACUUCUAGCUGGUGGACUGAGCCGCCUCACCUUUCACCUGGCUCACGUCACACACCUGGAGAGACUCGACCUCCACCUGUGUUGCCUCAUGCGAGAUGAUCUAGAGGCUCUGAUCCAGGUGCUGCCCUCUCUCACUGCACUGACGGAGCUUGAUGUGUCAUCCAAUAAGGAAGUGGGAGGUGUGGUCCACCCGCUGGUCUCCGCCCUCCCUGUGACACAAAUGAGGCGGCUGCCAUUCAACAGCUGCUACCUGAGCAACGAGUCCUGGCCCUGGCGGUGCCCUAUCUGCGCACGGUGGAUAUUUCCUGGUGUAAAGUGGUUGGCGGUCACUUGGCGCUCCUGCUGGAUGCUCUGCAGCCAUCAGUCGUCAGCGAGCUCCAUCUUUGCAGCUGCGAGUUCACCACUGAUGACAUGCAACAUCUGGAAACAUUGUGAACAAAACAGUAAAGUGAACAGACAAAGUGAUCAGUUAUCAAUGGGUCCUCUUCCUCUGUGCAGCUGCCGUGUGCAGACGGGGCUGUCUCUCCUCACUUCGUGCACUGGAUCUGUCCUACAACAGCUUGGUCGGAGACGACGGUUGGUGCAGUCUGUUUGCAGCAGGUGGUCUGGGCUCUCUGGAAGACGUGGAUGUCAGUUUGCGACCUUUAACCUCUGCUCCAAGCUCUGCCUCAAAUGCCGGCGCUGGCUCGACUGGCCAUGCAGAGGUGGACAGCUGACUGUCAGGAGAGAGAGCAGCUGAGGUACUGUCUGAAGAAGAGGAGCGUCCUGCUGGAAUGGGAUCCAGAUUUACAAGACACAUCAUCAGCAUGUAAAGGGAACAGUCAGGAGAGCCUAGAAGAGAGUCAGCCUGAGGAGUAGGGAGCAGAAAGCCUGAGUUAUCCGAUCUCAAAUUAAAAAUCAUCACAGAGAGAUUUCAAAAGAGCACUAGGGAAGAAAAACGCAAUCAGCUCUGAAAAACCUUCUGAUUACAAGUAAAUUUGUCCAAACAUUUGUACACUGUGUUUACAGUAUCGUUUAAUACUCUUCUUUUGUUCUUGAGCAUGUUUGGAGUCUUUAUUCCGCGGGGUUUAUCCCUGUGUCUGUUUCCCUCUUUAGUUUGAUAUUCGCACCGGAUGUGUCCCAUUUUAUUUUGGCGGUCAACUGUCAGAAACAUGUUUCAUGUUUAGUUUUACGUCCCUCUCCUCUCUCAUUGUCAUUGAUCAUCUGCACCUGUUUUGUUGGCUUUCUGUGUUUAAAUGGUGGUGUCUUCUGUUUAUGAAGGACAGUGGAAUUAAUUUGCUUUUUAAUCUCAUGAACUUUAUCAUUCUGCAUUUGGCUCCUCAUUUCAUGGACUUUGUAAUUCUGCAGUCAGACAACAGCCUAAAUAAAGAUUCACCUUUGUUACA